UGUGCGGCAAAUUAUCGCAUGUCUGCAGAGAUAUCGUCUAUGUGUUUAUUGGUGAUCAGUUUUUUAGAGAAAAUACGCCAUUACAUUUUUUAUUAACUUACCGGGAAUUAUGAAGAGACCGAAACGUCGGGUUCAUCAGCUUUUCUAACAUGAAGAUACUGCCGAUGGUGUUGAUAUGGAUGCUCGUCUUCGGUCAUUCCGAAGGGAGAAGAUGGCGGCGGUUGAAACGUACGGAGCAAUUUGGAGUUGACGCUGCAAGGAAGACGAACAAGGUGACGAACAUCGCUCAGAAGGCUGCACAAGAAGCGAAGGCAGCUUCCGACGCUCAGAACAUAGCCGGAGCACAAGCUGCUCAUCAAGUCAAAUCUCAGCUCGCUGAAAAGGCCGUAGAAGCUGCUAAGGCUGCCGAAGCUGCAUUGGCUGGUAAAGAAGCGAUCGUCGAUCAGCUCCAGGAGGAAUUUAAGGAGGCCGAAGCCGUCGUUCAGGAGGAAAGUUCGUCCCUCGAACAUACUCAGUCCAAUGUUAAUUCCGCUCUCAGAGCUGCUCAGGAAGUUCAACAAGAAUUAAAAACGUUGCGACAGGCGGUUCAAACGGCGAAUGCAAAUUUGGGAAACGCGGAGGCGGCAGCUCAGGGUGCGCAGCAGGAAUUAAGUGAAAAGCAGCAGCUGGUAGAGGCGGCUAGACACAGAGUGGAUGAGCUAGGAAAGCAGCUGCAGUCGGCGAAGGUGGAUUUGACUAACACGAAGCAAGCUGCUUAUAGAGCCAGCGCAGCCGCCCAUUCGGCGAAGCUUAAUGCGAACAGGAACAAACGAGGACAGGUUGGGAUUCUGGGGUGA